AUGCAGCGAGCUGGGCAGCCAUCAUUCACAAAACGCCGACAUUAUUGUUAAGCUCGUGUGCGUGUUCUGCCGUUGCGUUGUCUCCAACGAUAGAAAAAAUCGGUGUAUUAAAUACGAUUAAAUUUACUUGAAAACGGGUGGAAAGUUUGACUAAAGCAUUUUUAAAUGUUAUUUCAACCAAAAAAGUGAUACCGUCGGUGUUUCUCCGUACCUUUUUCUGAUUUCCAUUACCUGAGAUUACACGCACAUAUAUUUUCACCAACCAUCGAGACAGUUGCGUUCGACUUUUUGCGACCGUUCGCAAUUCUGCGGAUACAGAACUUCAUUUUCUGAACAGUUUUCGUAGCGAGUUAAAACAUUGCAAUGGAAGUGGACGAAAGUCCAGAAGUGACUGCUGGUGCUAACAGCAGUGCCCCAUCCGAACAGGAAACUAUUCCGAAAGGAGAGAAUGCAGGAACCCUGCGGUCGAUUCUAUCUGACGAGGAGCUAGGUUCGAUUCCAGCUGAGACGACAAAGAAGAUUGAAGCCCAUUACGAGCACAAGUUGGAGGAGUUUUUGACAGCGAAGGCUCUUUGCGAAACGGCGAAAACGAAUGUUGAGCAACUCCAGAUCGAUUACGAGAAGCAAAUCGAGCAACUUACGCUAAAGUACCAGGAUGAAUCGUCCAAGUUUCACUUCUCCCAGCAGAGUAUCAAGGAGCUUCGCCUGGAACUGGAGGAUGCUAAACAAGAGCUUACUCAAGCGAGAGAGCGAGUUAAACAGAAUGAGGGAGACACGGCCCGUUUCCGCCGAGAACGUAACGAAGCUGUGAACGAGCGCGAUACGCUGCUUAAUGCUGUUGAGCGUAAGACCUUAGAGAUUGAACGACUGCAGGCCGAUGUUAUUGCACUGGAGCAGAAGCUGAAAAGCGCCAACGUUAACAAGUGCGAAGCGAUGGCCAAGCUGGAGGAGAUUCAGAGCAAGGAAUUUUCGCUGGAUUUCAAAGAAAAACGCAUGGAUAAGGAGCUGUCCUUGCGCGACAAUCAGAUUCAACGAUUGACCGAAGAUUUGAAUCGUACCGUGCAGGAGCUGCAGAAUGUUCGCCGCGAUCAGAAUUUUAAAUCUCUGACCACGGAGACAAAGUUGGCCGAAAAGACUGAAGAGCUCAAGAUUGCUACAGCUCAGAUCGCUCACUUGAACGAACAAAACCAAGAGCUGAGCGCUAAGGCGGAGGAUCUAGCUGCCAAGAUGCUUCAGCAGAGUGAAGAAACUCGGAAAAUGAUGGAUCACUACCGUAAAGAGUUGCAGUCGCAGACCAAGCUCUGUGAAUUGUACCAGGAUGACAGUGAGGACAAUAAGAAGCAGACCGAGGAGUUGGGCAAUGCCGUGACGGAGCUGAAAAAAAUGCUGAACGAGGCGAGUGACGCUUACGGAAAACUCGAAACCCAGCAGAAAUCUCUGGUGCUUAAGCAUGAGAAGGAACUCGAGGCGAAGGAUCAGACCAUUCAACAGCUGAACGACGAGCUGAAGAAUGCAAACGAUCUGCUGAAGCUUGCUAGAGAGGAAAGCUUGGAACAUGCGGUGGAAAAGUUAGCGCCGUCAGCAGCGGCCACCAGUCGCCUGAUCAAAUCCGGAAUGACGCUGACAGAGCUGUACACGAUGUACGUUAGAACAGCUGAGGAUUUACAGGUCGAAAAGAAGGAAAACAGCAAAUUGCAGCUGCAAAUUAAAAACAUCGUACAGGAGCUAGAAGAGCGAGCCCCUGAACUCACGCGUCAACAGAAUGAGUACCAAAAUCUGAAGGAUGCCAACGAGGAAAUGAGUUUGCAGUUGAAUAAGCUGAUCGAAGAAAACGCCGAAGUUCGUUCGGAAUUGGGUUCUCUGCAGGACAAGGUUCGUUACUUGGACACUGAGAACAAAAAGUUCAAACUCGAGCGGGGUGAUUUGAGUCGCCAGAUUUGCCAUCUGCUGCGUGAAAUAGAACAGAUGCGAGGAGGCUAUGCUUCCGAGGCGGAUCAAUCAAUUUCGUCGGAUAUGAGUGCUAACGAGGUGAUCACGAAGAAGCUUGUGACGUUCAGCGAUAUCCAAGAGUUGCAGGAAAACAACGUAAAGCUUCUGCUGGUGGUGAGGGAUUUCAGCGCUAAACUGGAAGAAUUGGAAAUUGCCCAAAACGCGAUGAGUCAGGCUACGUUUGAAGCCAAGAUAGCUUCGUAUAACAAACGGCUGCAGGAGAUGCAAGAGACGCAGGACUAUCAGACGCAAAUGAUGCAACAAUGUAUUCAGCAGAGAGAUCGGUACAAAAAAAUGUACCACGAUGCGAUGCGAAGCUACAACGCAGCCGGCAAUAAGGCUAAUUUGACUGCCAGCCUCAAUGGGUCUUUGUCGGGCGAAAAUAUAGACGUUGCUUUGGACGAAGAGACUCCAACUGUUUCCGUAACAGCGAGCGUAGUUUCCAGUGAGGCAGUGGCCGAGAAAGAAAAGAAGAUUGCAGAGCUGGAGGCAAAGAUUAAAGAAACUCAGCAACAGAUUACAACCCUCAAGGAGGAGCAUGAUAAUUAUCGCCGGGAAAAACUCACCAACGAUAAGAUGAUGAACGAACAGUUCGACGCAAUGAGAACAGAAAUUCGUGAACUAUCUUCGAAGAACAUCAAACUCGCAGCAACGGUGGAAUACAACAACGAACAAAUCAAGAUCCAGCAAAAGAACGUCGCAACGUAUAAAAAACAGAUUUCCACGCUAGAGGAAAGGAACAAAAAUUAUGAAACAACUAUCUCCAAACAGGAAGCUACGAUCAUGUAUCUCAAGGACGAGACAAUGAGCGCACAAUCGAAACUCGCCCGUGCUGAAGUCCAGGUCGAGAAUCUGAAGCACGAGUGCCGUAUCUUGAAGGAUGCUGAAUCGCGGCUGCAAACCGAGCGGGAGAUACUGAACCGUGAGCGACAAAAUCAGAACCUUUUGCUGAACAAUCUCGAGAUGAUCAAAGUCACAAUGGAACGAUCGGAAGCGGAGGGACGUAUCCGAUUGGAGACACGUUUGGAUGAGACGUCCCGCGAAUGCUCGGCGCUGAGGCGACGUCUACAAGAGGAACAGGAUCGUUUCCGUGAGCUAACAACGCAUCUCGAGCGUCAGAUGCAAACCGCUAAACAGCGCAUGGAAGAAGAGAUUGCCAUCGCUGAAACCGUGCAAGCGGAACUGAAAAACGCUCGCGAUGAGCUGGAAAUUAAAUCGAGAAAAAUUGAUGACCUUAGCAGAAAGCUGCAGGACACUCUUUCCCCCAACGAUGAGGACAACCCGGUCACCCAAGCCAACAAAAAGAUUCGUCAACUUGAGCAGAAACUGAGCGAAGGUGAUAUCGAAGUUGAAUCUCUCCGCAAGGAGUUGGCUACCGCUAAGGAACAUGUCAAGCAGUACUGCAACAUGGCGGAGUCUUCCGAGAAGCAGCUGAAGGAACUUACCGAGCUUCACGGUAGCUACAAAACGCAGAGUGAGACGGAACUGGGUACACUCAAGAAGAGCGAAGCCGAUCUCAAAGCACAAGUGGAAGAGCUGAAGACGGAAAAUUCACUCAAGAAAACUGGUGACCAACUGACCUCGUCGACCGACAGCGAGUCCGAGUUGCACAAAGCGCAGGUUGAGCUGAAGGAAGCGCUGGAGAAAAUCAGCGAGAAUAACAAAGAUCUUCGGGAGCUGCGCGAGAAAAACAACUCACUGCUCGAGCAGCUGCAGGUGGCGGAGCAAAAAUAUGCGAAUGAAAUGGUGCAGCAUUCGUCCGAUAUCCAACAGUUGACCAAUUUGAAGGAGGAAAUGCAGAAGACAAAAGCGCAAUUCGAUGAACUCAAGCUGGCCCGUGAUCAGGCUGUUGAACGUUUCAACAUCAGCGAGCAAUGCUGGAAGAAUCGUGAGGAAAUGAUGCGGAAGGAAACGGAUCAGCUGGAGGAGCGGUUGGCGGAUCUAAAUUCGCAAAACGCCGCUCUGCACGACCAAAUUCAGAGUCUCAGCACGAAGCUUUCCAUUAGUGCGGUGAAGUGCUUGGAGCAAAAAGCGGCGGAUGAAUCGAUGAAUGACAGCAACAUGGAUGAUUCCACCGUGCUGAACAAUUCGAUUUCGGAAGAGGAGAAACGUUCCGUCGAACAGUUGCUUCAAAUCAUCAAGUACCUGCGCAAGGAGAAAGAUAUCGCCGUGGCGAAGUUUGACAUUCUACGAUCCGAGAAUGUACGCGUUCAGUCGGAGCUGAUGAUGUUCCAGAAGAAGCUGGAAGAGUCACAAGCCGAAUUGACUUCGGAGAGAGAAAAGUCCGUCACGGGUGUUGUGACGACUACCAAACACGACGAGAUUCUGCGAAAAUUGGAAACAUUCAAUGCGAUCACAGAUAGCAAUCGGGUGCUGCGAGAGGAGCGCGAUGGUAUGAACAAGAAGAUAAAAGAAUUAUCCGAACGAUUGUUGAAGGCAGAGGAUGAGUUAUUCCCGCUGCAGGAGAAGGUUCGUGAGUUGACGGUGAAGAUCGAGUCCGCUACGAAUGAGAGCUCCACGUUGCGCUUGGAAGCAACCAGAUGGAGACAACGGGCGAAUCUACUUGUCGAGCGUUCGAACAAAACUAGCCCGGAAGAUUGGAAACGGUUGCAAACCGAGCGUGAGAAUCUCGCCAAGAUGCUAACGAACGAGAAGGAGCUGUUGAAAAAGGCCAACGAUGAGCUAAACUCUAUUAAAAUUGAAAAGUGCAAGCUCGAUAUGGAGGUGUCAAAUUUGACGAAACAACUGGGAAGCGCAACGGAGCAGAGUAAGAAAUAUGCCGAAGAAUUGGAUGUGUUGCGUCAGGCUGGUGCCAAGAUGACCAAUGAGAUUGGCGAGGUAAAGGCUUCGCUAUCGAAACGCGAUGAAGAUCUGAAGAAACUUACCGAAGAGAUGCUCAUCAAAGAGGAGCAGCUGACUGACGCCAAAAGCAAGGAACAGCAGAUCAGAAAGAUUGCGAAGCGAUACAAGGAUUCAUACAUCGAGCUCAAGAAGCAGGUCGACGAGGGUGAUGUUGGCAAAGCUGCUGCAAGUGAAGCUGCCUCCGGUGAGCCGUCGGGUGAGGGUACCAGCGAACAGCAGGAUAAGGCCGUGGAAAAUAAUUUGUCCGAGCUGAAAACCCAAAUUACUUCCACACAGGAACAAAACGAGACUCUUCGGAAGGAAAAUGAAUUGCUCAAAAGCAAGCUUGAGAAAGCGGAACGCAACCAGGAUAUUUUGAAGGAUGUUAAGCACAGAAUUCUCAGCCUCACUGAGAUGAAAAACAAUGUGACACGAGAACUGACCAACGCGAAGGCGCACAUACAAUCUCUGGAACAGGUGCGGGAUGAAAACGAACUGUUGAAAUCACAAUACGAGGUGCGCAUCUCUAGAAUCAGCAAAGAAAACGCCGACCAGGAUAAGGAGAAGGCCGAUGCAAUCACUCGACUGACACGUGAGAACGAGCAGCUAAAUAUUCGACUGAAUCAGUUGACUCGACAGUUGGGUUUACAGCAGGCAUCAAAACCUACUACCAGUGCUUCAGGUACUUGUGAGAAAGCAUCCACCGAAAGUCCACGCACGGCCAAUGUGAAGCCCAUUCCGGGCCCAAGUGCACAGCAAUCGGCAACGGUGACACCUCGUCGGGGAAGUGAGACUCCUCUCGCGAGUAUCCGUCCAAUGUCGGUUCAGACCAGCAGUCGCACCGCAGCGGUUCUCCCCACAAGCCAAACUUCGAAUAACGUCGCGAUCGUGCAGGGGUCAACCUCGUCUUCCUCCUCCACCACGGGUACUGGUAGCAGCAGCAGUGUAACGGCAUUGGUUCCUCCCCAGCAACAGGUGCACACCACCGGUAGCAACAACAAUUCCAACGAAUCAAUGUCCUCAUCCCCGACAAGCUCUCACACCGAUUACAUGCCCGCAACCAGUUCUGCCAACGUUGCAGUCGCCGCUGUCCCUCCGAUGGGUACGGCGUCUACUUCCUCCACUGCCGAGAGCAGCUCGCAGCAGGAAAAUGAAAGCAUUCCAGUUCAACAACCCAACGAACCGGGUCCAUCCCAGCUUCAUGUUUCGGCAGGUCAACCCUCGCAGGCGGUAGCUCUCGUUUCGCCACAUAUUGAGGGUACUUCGCAGAAUAGCAGCGUUGCCCAGUCGGCUCAAUCUUCGCCACAACUGCAGCAACCACCGCAAGAGCAACAGAACCCGGCGCCCAGCACCAGUGGAACCUCGUCCAAUGCUCAACAGAUUGCCCUCAGCAGUCAUCAUCAGGCUUCGACCUCGAGCAACACGGUCACCACGACACAGGCUGCCGCCGGACACAAGCGCCCGCGGGACGUCGAGGGGGACAGUUCGACGGACAACGUAGAACAACAAGGCGAUAAGUCCGUCCCGGUAAACAAGCGGACGCGGAUGCAGGGUGGAGAAACGUUUCAGGGAGUCAGCGAGUCCGGCAUGGAUGUAGAGUACCAGGUCCCAACGUCAUCGCAGCGGGAUCAAGAGGACGAUAUCAUCGUCGUAGAUUCGGAAGAGGACGAAGAAGGCAUGGCUGACGAGGGGACCGCCGACGAGGGUAACGCCGAAGCGGACGAUGGUCCUUUUGAGGGGUACGAAGCGGAGGAGGCCUAUGAACAGGACGAGCCAGGAAUGGCUGGCAAUUGUGACGAGGGCGAGGGACCCGAUAUUGACGAAGACAAUGUUCAGUCGGCGAACAAUGAAGUCGACAUAGAUGACGAUAAUGAAGUUCCUAACCAGUCCGGCACAUCCUCGUCGUUGACAUCGACCGCACAGGUCACUCCUGAUGCGGAGACUUCCAGUACCAGUGUGGGACAGAGCAGCAAUGCCGGGCCAUCCACCUCAACGGAUGGUCAAACGCUGGAAAGUAGCAGCCAGCAGAACACUGAUGAUGUUCAGCAGAUUCAAAGCAUUACCAGUGGCAGUGGUGAACCGUCUGGCCCAUCCACUUCGUCUUCCUCGUCCAUUGCCGCAACUGCCGCCUCAACUUCGUCCUCAUCUAUGUCCUCUUCUUCCCCAUCUUCGGCAAGUACGUCUGCAGCUUCCUCUGGCACCUCGCAAGCGGUGGCCGCAUCGCCUUCGCAAAGCCGAAGACACGUGAUUCCGCUAGGGCGACAACAGCAACAGCAACAACUCAUUCUCAUGCAACAAAACUAUGAAGAAAGUUCAGACGAUCGCAUAGUGCCCAGCACCCCUACUCUCUACGUUCCGCGACGAACUGACGGCGAUGCUGUGAGCUCGCCACAUCCCCAGGUCCCAAGCAGUCGGUUUACAUUCAAUGAAACAGCUCGCUCGUCGUCCAGCGUUGUUUCUGUGCGGGCCCAUCUUAUGCCUGAAAACAUCGAUGAAACCCGGAUGGACUAUUCUCAACUCGAUGAAUCGUCCGGUAUCGGUGGCAGUGCCACUGGUCGCAGUGUUCCAACCACUCCGCAGCAAACCUCCCCGAACGAACAUCAACGGGCUAUCAUCCAUGGCUCGACGGAUGCCACGGUACCCACCAACAGUAGCAACGAGGCUGAGCAAGCUGGUGGGGAACAGCUAGCCCCGAGUGGUAGAUCUGUGACUAUCGGAAUCAUGAGAGAAAUUAGAUCCGAGGAAGAGAGAGAUGAAUCGGUAGCUGCAGGUCCUUCAGUGCUUAGUACAACUGGCACAGCUAAUGAGGCGGAAGGACAGGUGCCAGAAAUCAUCAUCUCUGUUGCUGAAGGUAACUCAGACGCGAGAACGGUAGGAAAUAGUGUUAAUACUCAUCCGUGGCUAGAUAACGACUACGACAUCACAGAGUCAAAUACAGUGGAAAGUGUUGAAGCUGAACAAACGGCCAGCACAUCUGAAGCUACGGCUGCGUGUCAAGAUAAAUCGAGAGAUCAACUUGACGAUGAUGAUGACGAUGAGGACUUAGAUACCGAUAUGGAAGAAGAUCGAGAGAGGAGUGCAGAAAUUCCCGAUGAAGAAGAAUCCGUCGACGGAGUCACUUCAGAAGGCGAGAGACCACAAGCAUCUGUUUCGGCCCCGAUGGAUGAGGGAAGUGAAGCUGAUGUGUUGGAGACACCCAGCAGCAAUACGCGAUCUCGAAGCGUUCCAAGGCAAACCACGGUUACGCGCCGUGGUCGUCGCUUUGGCCAACGGGGAAGUACUGCAAGAAACGUCACGUGGAACGAAAGCCGUUCUCUCAACCGUUCUGGUCCAUCGGCGUCACAAAUGCUUCAGCCGUCGGGCUCAUCAGUUGACAGUCCAACCAGACCAUUCCAUCAGUCGUAUCAGCAACAGUCGGAUAGUCCACCAUCUGGCCGCCGCAAUACGCGAUCAUCCCGUGCUCGGCGUUCUGUCAAUCGCCCUUGAACUUCACGUCAACGGGGAGCACGCAUUAUUCCACUAUCGGUUAAAAGGUAGAGUAUUUAUGAAUUUAGCUUACGGGUCCAGUAAGUUGCAUACAUAUUUCCAUAUAACUUUAACAUCAUUUGUGAUGUUUCAAAAUUAGCAUUCAGUUGUUGAAGAGAUUGCGGAGUUAUUAUUUUGAGCUUGAAUUCACUCGUAUGGUAAACAUCACUUCAUAAAAAACUAUGCGAUAGAACGCGUACUGUUUAUUUAAAUAUUGAAAUAAAAACCAUUGAACUCUAA